AGCACAGGAUGUAGAAGAAGCUUUAUUGAAGAUAUUAGAUUUCAAUCUUUUUUCUCAUUUGAAAGAGCAUACUUUGCUUCCUUGUUUUUAACCCUAUAAAACAAGUAUUAAUUUUAGUUCAGCAACAUGGUGAAGACGGCAAACGGGAGUCACCACGAGGGCGAGCCGGCGGCCAAACGUCGCGCCAUUGGUAUUUUAUAUUAUUUUUUGACCGUGAUAGUGAACAUCUUUUUCAUCAAUUAUGUCAUCGCAUGGACGACAUUUUGCAACCUAUGUCUUAUAUCUUUCUGGUGCAAGAACAAUCGUAUGACUAGUUAUUAAUGAUCCAAUCUAUCAUGUACUUUUUCAGUGUGCUUGUAUUAGUAAUUUCAAACUGAACAGCCCCCACGGCGAAUGAAAAAGCGUGUGUGGAUGUUGUCCGGUGUCUGGCGGCUGAUGUAGUGCAAAAGGCGAAUUCUGGGCAUCCCGGGGCCCCUAUGGGAUGCGCCCCCCUGGCUUGCGCUCUUUUCAGUCGAAUUAUGAACAUUUCACCGAAGGACCCGAAUUGGAUCAAUCGCGACCGAUUCGUUCUCUCCAACGGCCAUGCCUGUGCACUGCAAUACAUCAUGCUGCAUCUUUCUGGGUACUGCUGCGGAGAAUACCGAAUACGCACUUAAAUGUCUAAUCCGUUAUUGAUGUCAAAUCUGAAUUCGACGCGAGGUUCAUCUUUUUAGUGGGAGCAUGCUUUUCUUGUUCUCGAUGGAGAUAGUCGAAUAUAAAAUUAAGGUACGGAGUUUCUAUGGACGACUUGAAGCAAUUUCGGCAGUUGCACAGUAAGACACCUGGCCAUCCCGAGAACUUCUGUACUCCGGGCGUCGAGGUGUGCACGGGUCCCCUCGGACAGGGCAUCACAAAUGCGGUGGGAAUGGCACUCGCGGAAAGCCACCUGGCUGCUCGCUUCAACAAACCGGGCUUUCCUCUGUUCGACCACUAUACCUAUGUUUUGACCGGCGACGGCUGCAUGAUGGAAGGCGUAGCCAGCGAAGCGUGCUCCUUAGCGGGACACCUGAAACUGAACAAACUCAUCUUAUGACCCACUUUGAAGAUGAAAUUUUCAUCCUGCUCAUACAUGAAAUCAGAAUUUGAUAGUAGAGCAAUCAUCGAAAUAUAUGUGAGUACUAACUGGAAAAACGAAGACGAUGAAAAUGAAGUUUCACCAGGUACUAGAGUGAAGGAACUGUUCUUGAUAAGUUGUAGUUUUUUCCAGAUACCUUUUUCCCUAUUUGUACCUAUACGACCUUUUUCCGCAUUUGUAUCCUGUUCUAAUGAUCGUUUUCUACGACGACAACAAAAUCUCCAUCGAUGGCUCCACGGAUUUGGCCUUCACAGAAGAUGUUGGCAAGCGGUUCGAUAGCUACGGAUGGAACGUGAUCCGCUUAGAGACGGGAGACCUAGAGGACUUGUCGCAAUUCGAAGCAGCAACGCGCAUGGCGAAGAGCAGUGCCAAACCCACCUUCGUGAUGAUGUUAAGGCUUUCCCUAAUCCAUCUGCGGAAGCAUCUUAAAGCUGUCCCGUAAGGGAAAAGCGGUUCCAAGGCGAACCCCGGGAUGGACUGGGGUGAGCUCUAAUGAUGCGCACGACUAUCGGCUUUGGCUGCGACAAGGCAGGCAGUGAAAAAACGCACGGGGCGCCUUUGGGCGCGGACUCUAUCAAAGCUCUGAAAUCAAAGUUCGGAUUCGAUCCAGAGAAACAUUUCCAAGUGCCACAGGCAGUGCGGGACAUGUAUUAUUAAUUUUAGAAUGGUGACAGAACAAGCUGAUAAUGUUCAGUGUAGGCACAAAGUGAUACAUAAUUGACAGGACUUUUGUUCAACCUGCCAAACUAGGUUUGAAGGCCACGCAGCAGCGGGCAACGCAAAGUGUCAUGCUUGGAACGCGAUGCUGAAGCAGUAUGUUGGGCAAUUUCCGGAACUCGGUGGCGAAUUGCAGCGCCGAAUUAGUGGCAAGUUGCCGCCAAAUUGGAAGGAUGCCCUUCCGAAGUACGACGCGAACAGCAAGGCGGCCGCAACGCGCGUCUACGGUGGCGAAUGUCUCAAGGCGAUGGUGAAUCUGCUACCGGAAAUGGUUGGCGGGUGCGCCGACUUAGCGCCCAGUUGCAACACCAAGCACGUGGACGAUUACCAAGCUUCAAACCCGCUAGGUCGCUACAUCCGCUUUGGCGUCCGCGAACACGCCAUGGCCGGGAUCUGCAAUGGCAUGAUGGCCUACAGCGCGCCGUACGACACUGGGUCAUCGCUUAUCUUACCCUACUGCGCGACUUUUGCAGUCUUCAUCGGCUACGCUUGGGGCAGUGCGCGGUUAUCAGCUCUCUCGAAAUUUCCGGUGCUGUACAUCGGCACACACGAUUCAAUCGACCUCGGGGAAGACGGACCAACGCAUCAGCCGAUUGAAAUGAUGCAGCUGCUAAGAUCAACCCCAAACUUCCUCACCAUCCGACCUGCAGAUGGUACUAUUACAUUCUUCUACAAGUUCUACUCAAAAAGUCUAUUCUAAAGCCAAGCCUCGGCAAGAACUUGUAUUUCAACAUCUUUGUCUUUCAAUCAUCAAGAUAAGUUUUCAGAGCAUGAUGUGACACCUUCUAGAGGACUAUUUUCGUAACGCACAUUCCUCGUAUUCUCAUACGAAUAAAAAGACUCGACGAACAAGGUAACGAAACUUCUGGUGCAUAUUGCGUCUACUUGGAGAAUAAGACAAGGCCAUCUGCGAUAAUUUUGAGUCGGUCAACAGCACCGCACGUAGCCGGCUCAUCUCGAGACAAGGUAGCGAAGGGAGCUUACGUGAUAACAGAAGACGCAAAUUUUGACAUCGUGCUUUCAGCAAGCGGUAUUUCAUAAAUUGAGGAUUCGACUAGGUAGCAGCUGGGAAAUCAAUUUUUGAGCGUCAUUAAAUGAGACUGCUUUGUUUGAUAUUCAUUUUUGACUUACGCAAUAAAUGCGUACACACACAGAGCUAUCUAUCUUCAUCACACGUUUUUCACAUUAAACUUCGAUGCAGGCCAAGAGGUCGAUGCCUGUGUGAAAGCGAAGAAAAUUUUGAACGAUGCUGGACAUCGAGUGCGAGUGGUUAGUUUUCCGUGUUGGGAGCUAUUCGCAGAACAGUCUACCGCCUACCAGGAAAGCGUCAUCCCAGCACCGAAGAAGGGUCUCACUUAAGGACAGUUUUUCAAGUGAUACUAUACCGCAAUGAAGAUGAGUAGUAAUACACGACCACAACUGUUUUGAACUUGAGGCAGCAAUAUAGAUACCGUAUCAAUAACCGGUGGUAGAAGCCUUACAAGAAGUUAUGAAUGCCUCUAACUCACGCGAGUCUACGUCGAGAGCUGCAGCACGUCUUUCGGCCUGUGCAAGUAUGCUGAUUUAGCGAUUUGCAUGGAGAGCUUCGGCGCGAGUGCUCCAGGGGGAAAGCUGAAGGAAGAAUUCGGUUUUACGCCUGAAAAGAUCGCCCAAAAGGUCCUGAAAACAGCAGCCAUGCGAAAAUAA